UCUCUCUCUGCUCCAUUCAAAAACACAGUGAACAGAGCUUGCCUUCAUUGCGAUUCUGCCACUAGAAAACCAGUUUUGAAAGAGAAAGCAUAAAACGAUGAGGCUACUCUUGUUCUCGCUCUCCGUCUUUUGUUUGCUGGCGGUCAUUUCGGCCAAAAAGCAAAUUCAAGAAAAUAUCGACCCCAUUGAAGCUGAAACAAAGGCGCAUAGUUCAAAGAAAUAUUCCAAAGAAUAUCAGAAGACUCAUCAUCAUGGAGGGCAUAAACACAAAAAGCACCAAGUUCUUGAUGAACCUAAAAAAGUCGAUCCUGAACCCAAACCGGCCCAUGCCGAUAUUCCUGAGCCCGAGAUCCAGUUACAGUCUGACAUUGAGACGAGUAAAAAGGCCAUAGAAGAACAAAAACAGAAAGCCGAGGUGGAAGAUCUUCACUUGCAAGAUUUAACUUAUGAAGAAAACCUGAAGAAAGACAAGAAAAAGAAGAAAGGCCAUCAUCAUGCUGAAAAUGUCGAGAAACAAAGGAAAGAAAAAGACCAGAAACUAUUCGCUGAUCAGGAGGAGAAGAAUCCUGUGGAAGAAAAAGUGAUUGAAGAUUCGUUCGAACCUCUCAAAGAAACACGUAACGAGGCGGAAAGGAAAAACAAAGGAAAAGAUAAAAAAUCAAAGGAAAAGACCAAGAAUAAUAAAAAGAAAGCUUUCGAAAAGAACAAGGAUAAGAGCAAGAAGUCCAAGGAUGGAAAAAAGAAGAAUAAUAAAGAUAAGAAGAACAAGAACAAUAAGGAUAAAAAGAAGUGGUAGUGACUAGUAUUAGUAGACUGAGUUGUAAUUGAUUUUAAAAAUAUGCGUUCGUGUAAUCCAUAAGCGGAAAUAUUUGCCACAUUUCUUGUACAUUCUCCAGUUACUCUGAAAGUUUCUGUGUCUUUUUGUACUUACUCUGUGUCUUACAUUUUUCAAUAAACGUACGUUUUUUUAUUUAUUA